AUGGAUUCCCACGACACUUCGAAAAAAGUUUUUGAAGAAAGCCAAAGCCCUACGGCUUCAGGCUCGAGUUCAACACCAGCUCAACCUUCUUCUCCAACCCCUUCUAACGCAUCUACGGGCAGCACCAAGAAAGAUAAAGAUGCAUCUACCGCUAGUACACCAGCGAGCAGCAACGGAUCAACCGGUGGAAAGUCAUCAAAAAAUGUACCUAGUUCUACUCCUGCAAUAAACAUUUUUUCAAAUGAUGGAAGUUUUCUGGAUCGUUUUAAAAAAAUGAAAGCUGAGGAAGAUGAGAAGAAAAAACAGCUUGGGGCUUUGGAAAG